CUGGUUAACUCAGUAGCCGGCGGUCGUUCGCUUUGUUUCUACUCACUAGUACGGUACGAGCCUACUUGCGUGGCGGACGCGCGCGCUCCACGGCACCGGCGCGCGCAUACAUAAACACAAAAACAAACAUUUUUAAGCAUGUGUGACUAAUAUUUACUGCAACAUUGAACUUUCUGUGACUGUGAGACUUAGUGAGGUGAUAUUGGGGUGGUUUUGGCGCGAAACGGAGUUUUACAUAACAGAGAGCUUUCGCAAUUGUCUCGUGAUAACAGUGCUCGGAUACAGUGAAGCGCUUGUUGAAUAAUGAGGAGUAAACAAAGGAGGUGGGAUAGUGAUUUUGGCGCGAAAACGUUGCAACCAACAGGAUGACGUUCACGCUGUCGCUGGUGGUGCUCCCGCUGCUGGUGGCGGUGGCGCGCGGAGGCGAGCCGGUGUUCGACCCCAGCACGCUGAUGCGGCUCGUGCUGGUGCCGGCGGACGCAGCUGUGGGCUCAGUCAUCUACCGCGUCCGCGCUUCUGACCCGGACUUCGAUUAUCCGCUGCAUUUUGAGCUUAUAGGUCAAAUGGGUCGCCUAGACAUCGGCAUAGAAACUCUGCCUUGCACGAGAUACAACUCGGUCUGUCAAGCGAACGUUAUCCUUCUUAGAAGACUGGAGCCUGGGCGGUAUGUGGACUUCAGACUGUCUGCGAGGAACACAAGGGGACGUAGCGCUAGAAUAGCCUGCUCUGUCACAGGAACAAACGCUACCACGCCUAGAGAUACGAUAUUCCCGCACCAACCUAGCAUCAUUUUGGUACCAGAGGACGCAAAGCGCGGCACCGAUCUCGAAAUAGUCAUAGCACGGAAGAAUCCUGUAUCACCGAAGCCUCUGGAACUGGAACUUUGGGGUUCACCUCUCUUUGCAAUACGUCAGCGCCGCGUUUCCACUGAGAAUACCGAAGGCACAAUAUUUUUGGUCGGUCCCCUGGACUUUGAGGCGCAGUCUAUGUAUCAUUUAACUCUUUUGGCGGUGGAUCCAUAUAUAGAAGUGGGAAAGGACACUCGCAACAUAGCCGGACUCGAAGUGGUGGUGGUUGUACAAGAUGUACAAGAUAUGCCACCGGUGUUCACCGCUGCGCCGCCCAUCACCCACUUGCCUCGCCAGGUGGUGCCGGGCGAUGUGGUGGUGAAAGUGAGAGCCGAAGACGGUGAUAAAGGAGCUCCACGCCAGAUAAGAUACGGGCUGGUGUCUGAGGGAAACCCGUUUACGCCGUUCUUCAAUAUAAAUGAAACUACAGGUGAAGUAACACUCGAGCGACCAAUCGAAGAAAUUGCUGCAAUUUCUCACGCUGGUACUCCAAUACUUCUUACUGUAGUGGCAGAGGAGGUGAGGCUGUCAAGAGAGGAGCCUGAAGCGAUGUCGUCGACGGUUCAAUUGGCUUUCAUAUUGCCGGAACGAGAUAACUCCCCUCCGUACUUUGAAAAUGAAUCGUACAUCACAUACUUGGAUGAAAACGCUCCACAAGGCACAGCCCUCACAUUCAACGAACCCUAUAUUCCUCAAGUAAAUGACAACGACGCUGGCAAAAAUGGCGUAUUCUCUCUUUCGUUACUUGGAAAUAAUGGGACCUUUGAAAUAUCGCCCACCGUCGCAGAGAGACAUGCACAGUUCAUCAUUAAAGUACGGGACAACACAAUGCUGGAUUUUGAAGCCAGAAAAUCGGUCAUAUUUCAGAUUUUGGCACAAGAACUUGGACCGGCUACCAACUUGUCAGCCACAGCCAAUGUCACCGUGUACCUUAAUGAUGUCAAUGAUAAUGCACCAGUCUUUUUAGCUUUAUCAUAUGACGUUGAACUUCCUGAAAACAUCACUGCGGGAGCUAGAGUAGUCCAAGUGCAGGCCGAUGACGUAGACACGGGUGCUUUUGGGAAAAUCCAAUACACUGCCAUAUUAGGAUAUCUAAAUACAUCUCUGAAUUUAGAUCCCAUAUCUGGCUUGAUCACGGUCGCGACCAACAACCAUGGUUUUGACCGUGAAGCGAUGCCAGAUUUGCAUUUUUUAGUAGAGGCUAGAGAUAAUGAUGGAGUAGGUUUAAGAGUUACAGUGCCAUUAAUAAUUAAGUUAUUAGAUGUUAAUGAUAACCCACCAGAGUUUGAGAGGUCGUUGUAUGAGUUUGUGCUAUCGCCGAAUUUGAACAAUUUUACAUCGUCAGCAUUUGUAAAGGCAGUUGAUAAAGACGCUGAACCACCAAAUAACGUAGUCAGAUACGAAAUAAUUGAAGGAAAUAGAGACGGGAGCUUUGCGGUUAACGAAGAUACAGGUGAAUUAUAUCUUUUGGAGCCCCUAAAAAGAAGUAAUAAAAGAAAUACCAGACAAAAACGUCAAUACGAUGAAGAAGAAAGUAAAAAUUAUAUUCUCACUAUAAGAGCCUACGACCUCGGUAUACCGAGAUUGUCGUCAACCACAAUAGUAAAGAUUUACCCACCAGAGAGUAAUACUAGAACCAUGUCAUUUAUUAUACCUGGUGCAAAUCCUGAUAGAAAAAAAUUAGAGGAAUUACUUAGUACUCUCUCCGGAGGUAAAGUGUCAAUUAUAGAAAUCAAACCUUAUAAAGGCAAUGGUAACAUCGGUUCUGAGCAAAACGGCCCAGAGUCUAGUCAAGAAAGAAGUGAAGUAAUUGCCGUUGUUCGUUCAUCCGAAAAUAGUGCUAUAAAUGUAGCAAAAUUACAAGAACAACUCGCUAAAAAUAAAACAAUAUAUAGUACGGGUGUAACGCAAAAUGUUCAAACUUCGACAUCAGACAAGGAUGACUCGAGUAUUUACAAAGCCGAAAGCCGGUUGUUAUUCUGGCUAUUAAUUUUGUUAGCCGUUUUAGUGGCGUUAGUUCUACUUCUUUUAAUAUGCUGCUGUAUUUGUGAAGGGUGUCCUCUUUAUAUGCCUCCGAGAGGACGACGUGCAUUUAGUGGUACGCGAAAAGAGAGUUGGGAGAGAAAACAAAACGAUGCAAAACAUAGAAAAUAAGUCCAUACAAGCGUCAGAGUGGAGAAGGCGGGAGGCAUGGAGUGCAGAACAAACAGACUUGCGGACGAAACCAACACAGUGGAAGUUUAACAAAAGAAAUCAUCGGACUAAAGAGAU